AUGUAAAAAUUGGAAAUCCAAAAAAUAGUUGGUAAAAGAAUUAAAAACUCUAAAUUAGAAUAUUUAGCCUUAUGUAAUCAAGGAUAUGUUUGGUUGUCUAUCAAACUUUUAAAAUAUAAUUUAAGAUUAGUAGCCGAGUAUGAAUAUAUUUCACUUCAAAAAUAAAAGGAUAUUGUAUAAAAUAUUGAUAAUUUUGAAAUUAAAUUGACUUUUGAUCAAAAGACUGAAAAGAAUCAAUUGAAAGAAGAUGAAGAAUAAAUAGAUAAAUCUUUUAAUCAAAUUAAUAAGUAAGAUAUAUCAGAAUUAGAAGUAAGGAGGAGAAGAAGGUUUGAUUAAUUUAUUUGA